AUGGGAGCAGAGCAGUCAUCAAUACAAAGAUCAAAAGCUGCUCCUACCCAGACUCCACCGCCAGAUUUUUCUACACCGCAAUCGGAACCAGAGAUGUCUUCAUUUGCCUCAAAUAGUGCUCCUGCCGUUGCCACCGCCACAGAUGCGGAGCAACAGAUACCUCAGCUCGUCACAGAGCCUACACAAAUUACUCCAGCUCCUAUAGCCACGGUUACCCCUACAACAACUACCACUUCUACUACUAACAUGGAUCCAGCUGUAGACAUGAGCGUAGAUGAAGUACCGUAUCCGUUCAGAGAAAAAGUAAAAAAUUUAUCACUCGAGGAACGCAAGGAAAGAUAUGAAGAAGAAAUAAGACGUUUAUUCGAGAAUCCCCAUCCUACACAUGUGCAGCGAUUAAUGCCAGAAAAAAUUGUAACAGAAAAGGCAGACGUGGUUAAUCUACCGAAUUCAAGUGUUAGUUGGAAUUCAAUACAAACAACAUACGAUAUUGGAAAAGGAGCGCUUAAUCAGAGAUCAUUUAAGCGUUGUAACCGCUCUAAAGCUGAUCCAUGGAGACGUUAUGGUGCUUUGAGGAAGUUGCAUGAGAUCGGUGGCACGGGAUGUCUACCUCCAAACCAGGGUGGACUACGUUUCCAACAACAGAAGUUCUACACAAUCGCAGCUGGAUCACCUCCGCCUCCACCUCCUCCAAAUCCUCCUAUAACCACCAUCGAGGAGUACGGUUCACCAGAAUCGUUGUUAGCGCCAAGGAAGCGAAAGCCGAAGCAAAUUUCUGAGAAGCGCAAAUGAGAGGGCGAAACCAAUACGACAUUACUCUAACCUUAUG